CGUCAGUCAAUCAUGGACGUUGUACGGUGAUGUUUGUUUUUAGUUUUUAUUUUUGUAACCAUUCUCCUGUGUUAAUUAUAUGAUUUCAUUUAAUUUAAUUAACGUUACCUUCAAAUCAUCACCGAAAACAUGUGUUAAUUUUAUUUAUUGUGUUAUUUUGCGGUCGGUGUUUAGUUUUUGUGUUUUGUUGAUUAUUUCAACAUAAUGAAGGUGGACACAGCAAGUCGGGAGCGACGCGGACUGCUCAACGUAGCAAGUCGCUUCGCUUGGCUGUGUCUGGGGUUGUGGGCGAUAGCGGCGGCGGGGGCGCAGGGCGCAGCGCCCGCCGGCCCCUCCGCGCGCCCCGAGGCCUACUUCAACGGCAGCUCCUACAUCCGCCUGGCGCGCCCCGUCUCCCUCAAGCAGCUCGUCGGCCUCAGCUUCCGCACAUGCGUCGGCGGGGAGCUGUUUUCGCAGCGGUUUGAGGGGUACACUCUGCACGUGACGGCGCUCUUGGAGCAGGUGGUGGUGUCGUGGGCGCGGCCGGGCCAGCAGCAGCGCGAGUCCGCGUGCGCCUCCUCGCCCUGCCACAACGGCACCUGCCUGGCGCUCGACUCCGGCCUCUUCAGCUGCCAGUGCCCCGCGGGAUACACCGGAAGGUUCUGUGAAUCGGAUAAGGACGAAUGUUUAUUGAUGCCUAAGAUAUGUAACAACGGCGUUUGUGUAAAUGUCCCGGGGUCGUAUCAGUGUUAUUGCAAGCCAGGGUAUACUGGUGAUAGUUGCGAACAAGAUAUUGACGAAUGUCUUUCGUCACCCUGUAAGAACGGCGGCACUUGCCAGAACUUAGAAAAUAAUUACGAAUGUACCUGCAUGGACGGCUUUGAUGGCAAAGAUUGUUCAAUAAAUAUAAACGAAUGUGAAAAUAAUCCUUGCGCCGCGGGGUCCACCUGCGUGGAUGGUGUGGCCAGCUACUCGUGCGUGUGUCAAGAUGGCCUCACGGGACCCAAUUGUGAAAUUGAUAUCGACGAUUGCAAGUCGCAGGGCGCGUGGGGCGCGUGGGGCGCGUGGGGCACGUGUGUGGGUGUGAGGUCGCGCGGCAUGCGGCGCGCGCGGCUCCUCAUCCUCGCCCUCGCCCUCCUCCUGCUGCUGGAUAAAUCUGACGAGGAAUUUAUCAUUUUAAUAGUAAAUAAGUUGAAACAGAGUAAUUUAAUUAAAGAUGCAAUGAUGUGA